AAGAGAAAGCAGAGUAGAGAGCCAGCCGGAGGACCCGCUGCCCCGAGACAGGCCGUCUCCCCAAUGUAGACGAGGAGGUCUGACACUUCCCUGGGUCGGCUCGGAAACCGACGGACAGAAACUGAUCGAGUUCAAAGGAAGAACUGGGCAGACGGACCUGCGGAGGGGCUUGGGCACACUGCCUUUACUUCCCGCGGCAGCCAGAGGUGCGGGGCCUGUCGGGGGCCCCCAGCUUCCCGUAGGAGGUGGUCUCAGCACUCGUUUGGCACCCAGCUCAGAGGCCUGCACCCUCCGAGAGGGGCUCCCCUUGCCCCACCCCCCCCACCCCUGCUUGAUGGAUGUUGGCUGAUUGGUCUCGAGAGGAAUACAGACGAAGCUAAUCGGCAAAGAGGACAGAGGUGGGGGGGGGGGCGCGGGGGUGCACAGUGACGCUGUCUACCCUACUCCACUGAGGCGUCCCACCCCAAACCAGGAGUGAGUGAGCUCCACAGCUGCCUCCGCGCCUGGAUCUCCGCCUGCGGACCGCCGAGAGGAUUCAUCAAGUGGUGUUAAAACGGUUUUACUCUCCACGGCCAGCAAUUUUCCUCACCAGAUCCCUGAUAUCUUUCUCCCACGUUCCCCCUUCCCGGUUCCUUUUCCAAAAAAAAACCCUCCUUUUGCUCAUUUGAGUUAACUCAUCCCCACCCUCCUGCCCAAAGCUCACUGCCACCUCUGCAGUUCCCGGUCCGGAUCUGAGAGCCGCUGAUGUAAAUAGCCCGUGUAAUAACCUACACUUCGAUUCCACCCCGCUCAGGCCCCGCAGACUACUUAAUCACCUCGGGUUUGACCGCGUCCUAUCCAGGACAGCUGAGCCGAGAUCAAUCGUACAAUUUCCACCACUCUUUCUCCCUCCCGCUUAUCGAAACGGAACAGGGUCCUGCUCCAAACCCAGCAGCUGUCCGUCUUGGGGACACCCUCCUUCGUUGCAUCUCCUUCUCUCUCUGCCCCCGCCUUUGGAGGCCUUGACGCCGCUCCCCGCCCCAUCACACCUCCCCUCUCACCCAGGAGCGACUCUUCCCUCCCUCCCUUCCCUCCUCCCCACCCCCCCGUUUCCCGCCUGCACUGGGACCCUGCUAUGCUGCUGAGGGAGCCGGGAGCCAGAGCAAUAUGCCAUCGGGAACGGAGGGGAGCUUCAAACCCAGCAAGUACAUCCCGGUGUCGGCCGCCGCCACCUUCCUCGUGGGCUCCACGUCUCUCUUCUUCGUCUUCCCGUGCCCGUGGCUCAGCCAGACCUUCUCCCCAGCCAUCCCAGUCUACAACGUGAUCAUCUUCCUCUUCGUCUUGGCAAACUUCAGUAUGGCCACGUUCAUGGACCCCGGCAUCUUUCCCCGCGCCGACGAGGACGAGGACAAGGACGACGAUUUCCGGGCCCCUCUCUACAAGAACGUGGAGAUCAAGGGCAUCCAGGUUCGCAUGAAGUGGUGCUCCACCUGCCGUUUCUACCGGCCCCCUCGCUGUUCACACUGCAGCGUCUGUGACAACUGUGUGGAGGAGUUCGACCACCACUGCCCCUGGGUGAACAACUGCAUCGGACGGCGCAAUUACCGCUACUUCUUCCUCUUCCUCGUGUCGCUCACCACUCACAUCAUCGGCGUCUUCUCCUUCGCUCUGAUCUACCUCCUGUACCACCUGGACAGGCUGUCCACCGUCCACACCGCUGUCACUAUGGCGGUGAUGUGCGUUGCCGGACUGUUCUUCAUCCCCGUGGCCGGCCUCACUGGCUUCCACGUCGUCCUGGUUGCCCGCGGUCGGACCACCAAUGAGCAGGUCACGGGGAAAUUCAGGGGGGGAGUGAAUCCCUUCACCCAGGGCUGCUGGAGAAACAUCUCUUAUGUACUCUGCAGUUCACAGGCACCCAGGUGA